AUGUAUAAAGGAUAUAUCUGGUUGAAGCUGAAAUACUUAUUUGGAUUCAUGACUCUACAAAAAAUCGUAACGGUUGUUGGUGCCACCAGUGUUCAAGGCGGAUCUAUUAUUGAUGAACUCCUCAACGACGAUAGAUAUCAUAUCCGUGAUGUUACUAGGAGCCUCGAAAGCCGGCCUGCCAAAGCCCUUGCCACUAGAGGCGUUGAAGUUGUUCAGGCUACAACUGAUGACAUUUUGUCUUUGGCCGAAUCAUUUCAAGGACCAUCUGUUGUAUUUGGGUCUUGUCAAGCCCUCAACCUGGCAAAAGCGGCUGCUGCAACGCCAACACUUGAACACUAUAUUUGGUCAACCCUGCCUGAUGCAAAAACACAAAGUUCAGGAAAGUUUUUGCAAAACUUCUACUGGCAAACACAUAGGCCAAUUUUUAUUCCAACGGCUGACAAGUAUAUUCAGCUGAAUGGGUACCCGGCUAAUACGCUCCUGCGUCCGAUUGGUGAUGCUAAAAAGAAUAUUGGAGUUUUCAUAAGGGCUAUCAUGGAGCAGCCGCGCAAGACUUUGCCUGGAAAGUACGUACGGGCUCACACGGAAAGCAUUACCAGUGGGGAAAUACUACAACGGUGGGACGAAGCUCAGGGGAAAGGGGCAGAAUAUAUUGAACUUGAGCCAUCGGAGUUUAAUAAAAUAUGGCCAGAUUGGGCAGAAGAAUAG